AUGGCGUCGUUCAUGGCGGCCGUUCUGGUCCUGCUGCUCUUGGCAUCCAGUGCACGGGCGAGCGAGGCCGACCCGGCGCCCGCUGAGACUCAGCAGAAUGUCUUCAUCGUCGACAACUACGGUGCACGUGGCGACGGGAAGCACGACGACGCGCAGCCGCUCGCCAAGGCGUGGAACGCGGCGUGUUCCUCCUCCCGGCCGGCCGUGCUGCUCGUUCCCGAGGGCAAGACCUACCUGCUCAGCUCCGUCACCCUCUCUGGCCCAUGCAAAUCCAGCGUCGUCUUCAUGGUCAAAGGCACGCUGGUCGCUCCACGGAGCAGGUCGGCGUGGAGCCAGAACGACACAAGUCGCUGGAUCCUGAUCCAAGGCGUCACCGGACUCACCGUCUCCGGUGGCGGCACGAUCAACGGCAACGGCGACGUCUGGUGGACCAACUCAUGCAAGGUCAACAAGGCUCUGCCGUGCACCAAGGCGCCGACGGCCCUCACGUUUCACCAGUGCAACAAUCUGCAGGUGGAGAACCUUAAGCUAGUAAACAGCCAGCAGAUCCAUCUCUCGGUCGAGGACUGCAGCGGCGUGCAACUGGCCCGCCUGUCCAUCACGGCGCCCGGCACCAGCCCCAACACCGAUGGCAUCCACAUCACCCGCAGCAAAGAUGUGCAAGUCAAAGAUUGCGUCAUCAAGACCGGGGACGACUGCGUCUCCAUCGAGAAUGGAACCCACAAUCUUUUUGUCAGUAAAGUUGUUUGUGGUCCGGGGCAUGGAAUUAGCAUCGGGAGCUUAGGAGAUGACAACUCCAGAGCCGAGGUCUCUGGCAUCACAAUCGACUCGGUGCAACUAUACGGCACCACCAAUGGUGCCCGGAUCAAGACAUGGCAGGGAGGGAGCGGGUACGCCAAGGACAUCACGUUCCAGAACAUGGUCAUGGACAACGUGCAAAACCCCAUAAUCAUUGACCAGAACUACUGCGACUCCGCCAAGCCAUGCAAUAGAGGUCAGGGAUCUGCGGUGGAGGUCAGCAAUGUCGUCUUCAAGAACAUUAGAGGGACAACCGUCUCCAAGGAUGCCAUCAAGCUGAGCUGCAGCCAUAGCAUCUCAUGCUCCGACAUUGUCUUGGAGAAUAUCAACCUGAAAAUGGAAGGCGGCAAGGGUGACACGGAAAGCACUUGUCAGAAUGCAAAAUGGCAAGAAUCAGGAACCGUUAUUCCACAACCCUGCCAAUUCCAAAACUAG